CCCAAACCUCUUUGUCAUGCUCGGCGGUGACGUCAUCACCGUGCGCCCCCUCCUCAGCCAGCGCUCGCUCGUGUUUACCGUUUAAUUCAGUUAGCCGAGGCUUUUGUGUCGUCUCCUGUGAGCACUUGAAACGCUGUUUUUGCGCGCGCGCGUGUGUGUGUGUUAAAUGUGCGGUGAAUUACAUUUGUAGUUAACGUUCAUCUAUUCCAACAUGGAGUCCGCAGAUGCUAGCAGCGAGGAGAAGGCAGGCUCCAUGUCGGCGGCGCAGAGGAGAGCAGAGAUCCGGAGGAGAAAACUGCUCAUGAAUUCAGAAGACAGGAUGAACAGAAUCGUUGGAUACACCAAAAACGAUUCGGAAAUCAACGCUGGAGUGACCCGGCGUCCCACGGAGCCCCACUUCCACCUCGAUCUCGACAGGACAGAGCCCUGGUCGUCGUCUUCUUCCCCGAGACCGUCUCCCUUCCUGCCAGAGGCUUCGGGGCUCAGCAGCCGCUCUCAAAGCGCCACCCCGGAGAGGAGGGGCUCCCCUCUUCCAGGCAUCUGUGAGCCACACGGAGGCUCUCUGGAAGAUGACGUAGGGAUCCGACAGAGGCCGAGGGGGGAGCGGGUGUCGGACGACAUCAGCGGCUCCCCUCGUCGAGGCCUCCAGAAGUACCUGUCCCGAUUUGAUGAUGCUAUGAAACUGCGGGGUCAGCUGGCCAAUGAGAAGCCGGCCCAGGAUGGAGGGUCGGAAACAGAGGAGUUUGAUCCCUUCAGAAUCUUCAGGCUCAUCGGCAGCAUCCUCCUCGCUGUUUUUGUUAGGGUUUUUGUCUGCAGGUAUCUGUCAAUAUUUGCUCCAUUUCUGACCCUGGAACUGGCCUACAUGGGGUUGUCCAAAUACUUUCCAAAGGUAGAGAAGAAGGCCCAGACCACUGUGCUGACCGCUGCCCUGCUUCUUUCCGGCAUCCCCGCUGAGGUCAUCAACCGCUCCAUGGACACCUACAGGAGGAUGGGUGACGUGUUCGCCGACCUCUGUGUUUACUUCUUCACCUUCAUCAUCUCGCACGAGAUCCUGCAGCUCUUUGGCUCAGAGACUCCCUGAUGGACCAGGAAGAUCUCUUUAACCUCGCCUCCCUUUUUCAACGUCCUCUUCUAACGUCUCCCAUAGGAACGAGACAGGGUCAUUUACGCCGGCUGACGUUGUUUUGUCGUCGACAGUCUGUCAACAAAUCCUCGCUGCCUUGUCAUCAGGGAAGAUUUGCACGUCAGCUGGACGAGUGCUCAUUAAUUCAGCGCUUCAGGAUUCCACUAAGGUCAACCAACAUGUGAGCAGCGAGUUCAGAGUUUGUUACAGAUCAGAUUACAGAUUACAAGUCUUUUUUUUUUUUUCCCCGCGCUGAAGCUGAGAAACAGAAAAGUGUUUGUUUGUGAGAAAGAUGUACAGUGGAAUUCAUCGUGCUGAGUGAUAUCAUUACGUAAGGUUGAGCACAGAAAAUGGUAAAUGUCGUAUCUAAGAGCGGACAGUAGUUCAGUUUAUCAUCAGUCUGGAAGCUGCUGAACAUGUGAAUGGGAAACACUGGAGUCCCUCAGGGGCUGACAUCUGAAACUGACAUGACUGAUUCUGCAGAAAUCAGAUUCACAUCACAACAUGGCAGAUGUAUGCUAAAUCACACAGAAUAAUCAAACCUGUGCGCUCCAGUGCUUUGCGUUACAGAAGAAAAACUCUUCACAAACUGAAAUUUCAGAGAGUAACUCAUCAUCAGGCUGAACUGCAAUGCAUUGCUGCUUCUCUGACUGAAGAUUUUAAGGGUAUUUCACAUGUAACCACCAUACUUGCCGACCUUGAAAGCGCAGAAAUAGGGAGGAUUACGAAAUCAAAGUGGGUUUUCUGAAAAAUUUGAGAUUCAGGAACUGUGUUUAUUUAAAGAAUUAAUAAUGACAAAAACAAUUAAAAAGUAAACUGCAACAGCAUUUUUUUGCCACAUGUAUUUUAGUUUGAAUUCUCAUGAAACAGUGUAGUAUACUUCGAUCUCUAGUGUAAACUUGUGUAAAUCUGUGGCUUAAAGUAAUAUUUAAUCACUUUGAAAAUCGGGAUCCUGGAAGAAAAAGGAGGGAGAGGGCAGUGAAAACUGGGAGGGUCAGCAAGUAUGGUAACCACAUCCAACAGUGAUGUCACGAUUUACUGACACGUCUUUGAGUACGCUUCUACGUCACUGCAGCAAAAUGUGGAGUUAAACCAAUACAGGGUUGCAAAAACACGACUUUAAAAACUCACAUUAUUUGAGUGGAAACAUUUACUUAAAGUGAGAUUAUGUAACUUUUACUAUACAGCUGAAACCUGAAUCUGAAGUCUGAUAGCCUGCUGAGCAAAAUCAACCGUUCAGUGUAAAAUUAACUGAACUGACUAUAUGACAACUGAAUGAACCACACUGACUCUUGGAGGGACGAGGUGUAGUGAGGUUUUUGAUCCGUUAUGAUUAACAGUCACUGACUGAAUUAAGCUAAAGGGUUAGACAAUAGGAGCAUCAGUAGACGGCUUCUUAGUCCCUUUAUUAAUAAUCUCAUUUCCUCUGCUGAUCUGUCACAAUGUUGACAACCUGGAAGUUUUGUAGUGUCAGAGAUGGCAACCGUCACGGAGGUCCGACAAAACACUUGCUUUGUAAAACUCUCUGCUCUGUGAUUAGUCGCAAGAGGACCUUUAAUUAUUUCUUCUUUUUUGUGAGUUCUGUUUAAUCUCAGAUCUGGCACUUUUUAACAUGUGGUCCUUCCCUCUGCUCUGCCAUACAAACAUCAGCCGUAUGCAGGUCGAUGCUGACAUCCCACGUGGCUGCACAGCCACAUUUUUAUAGCCAUCUGUGGUCAUUUUUAACACACUAACGAUCUAGUUGGAGGAGUAUGAUUCUGUUGGUUAUGUCAGAGACUGCUCUAUAUAUUCAUCACAAUAAGCUGAGAUCAAGAGCUUUGAUUACCGUUUUAAUAUCUUGACAUGGGGGUAGUACAGAAGAGAGAUGGCAGAAGUACAGAAAGUGAUUGAAGACAAAUGAAAUUUUUCUGCAUAGGAUCAAACUCGGCUCAUUACUUGAAGGUGUCAGAGUGCAAGAAACAUUGAGACUCACGUGGCCUUCCAGCACGUGCUUAUUUGGAAAUUAAAAGUGGUAAAUAGUUUGAGUAUCUAGGGGGAGACACUACAGGUGAAUAGGGUAACAAAUGUUAAUUAAUAAAUUUCACCAUUAAACUUCCUCACCUGAUUGCUUACAUUAAGACAAAUAUUUUUUGUAUGCACGUUUCAUGAAAUUUGGCAGUUUCAAUGGCAAAGAGGCAUUAUCUGGUUUAAAUGCACCAAUUUGCAUAUACAGAAAUCUGAACAUUGAAUAUAACCUGGCUUCAAAUUCUCCUUUUGAUUUUAAAAGUCAAAGGUUUUCACAGGACAUAUGUUAGAUGUCUUUUUAUCACUUCAUAAAACAGAAACAUUUUCUAAAAACUAAAAACUGCCUUUAAAAAAAAGUAAGCAAGCACUGCUGACGAAAACGGCCAUUACAGAAAUACACAAUUAUGUGUUUUGGGGGUUGAGAUAUAAAACACCUUUGACUUGUGCAUGAAGAAACAUUUUUCACUGUGGUGUCUCCCCGUGAUAAUGUUUUUUUUUGUAGUAUUGUUGUCUUGCACGAACAAAAGAGGCUGAAUUCUUCAUCCAUCAACUGAAGAACUAACCUUUAUCGAUCAAGCAAAUUAUUUUAUCCUAAUAUUAUUACUUAACUGGUGUCUUGAAAGCUUGAACUUUCCUUUAAUUGGUGGAUAAGAAUCAUAUGUGUUUGUGUUGUGACAGAUUUGCUCAUGGACAGAUCUUUAUGUCAUAUUUUCUGUUAAGAUCUUCUCUCCAGUGUUCAGAAGGGUCCACCUGUGUUAUGGACAAGUUCUCCUCGUUUAGUUUACGUUGUGGAGUCAAAAGAAGCAUUUAAUCCUUGAAUGUGGAGUGUGUUAAUUUGCACGGCUAUGAGCUUGAACACGCAGUAAACCUCCUACAAUGUAAAUACAAAUCGAGAAGUGAGGUUGACGGGAAUGAUUUGGGUUUUUACCGUAAAUAAGUGUGAGCCAGAGGGAGUUUAUUUGUGUCGAGUAAUUCUGGUGAUGUGUCCCGCUCUGCUUCAUUCAUACAUAUUUCAUAUAUACUCUACUUCUGUGUGGUUAUGUCCGCUCUCUGUACCUUUUAACUUCAUCCAAAUUAAUUUAUUAGUGUGAAUAUUUUUUUUUUUCAUGUAAAUGAAUUUGUGUGAUUUAUCCUACAACUCGUCUGACCUACUUGAUUGUUUUUGAUAAUGUUUACAGAAUACCUGUUUUUAAUGGCUCUUAAAGUGUCAUACAUAUUUGAACUUCAGAAACAACUUCAGUGUUAACAUGAUGUAAACAUGAAACAUACACCGGAAUGAUUAACUGAAAAAUUCAAACCAAAUAAAUACUACUUGUGUGACAGA